CGCGUGAAGAAGCGAAUUACCGAUACCACCCAUUCACCAACGCACUCUCUCUUUCUUUCUUUCUCUCUGACACUCACUCUGCAGCAGAUGAAGCACCGAACAUGGCCUCGCGCCUUCUCCUCCCUCCCUUUCUCCAACCGUUCCGAAUUCUCCGCCGCACGCUCCACGCGCCUCUGUGCGCGUCCUCCUCCGCCGUCCCCUCCCGGCGUCGGCGGCGAAUUCUCGUCGCUCCCCUACGACGUGCUGGCGAAGAUCGCCGCCUCCUUCGACGACCCCAAUCUCCGCGCGGCGUCGCUGGUGUGUCGCGCGUGGUGCGAGGCGCUGCGGCCGCUGCGGGAGGCCAUGGUGCUGCUCCGCUGGGGGAAGCGCUUCAAGCACGGCCGCCGCGGCGUCCGCCCCAACGUCGACAAGGCCCUAGACUCCUUCACCAAAGCCGCCGUGCGCGGCUCCGCCCUCGCCAUGGUCGACGCCGGCCUCAUCUACUGGGAGCGAGGCGAGAAGCCGAAGGCCAUGGAGUUGUAUCUUAAGGCCGCGGAACUCGGAAAUCCUUCUGCUCAGUGCAAUUUGGGACUUUCCUAUCUCCAAGCUGAACCUCCGAACACUGAGAAAGCUGUGAAAUGGUUACGUAAAGCUUCUGUUUGUGGGAAUGUUCGUGCUCAGUACCAGCUUGCACUUUGUCUGCAUCGAAGUGGUGGGAGGGUCCGUAGCAAUCUGAAAGAAGCUGCUAAAUGGUAUAUGAAAGCUGCAGAGGGUGGGUAUGUCCGUGCUAUGUACAAUAUCUCCUUGUGCUUCUCCUUUGGGGAAGGACUGGCAAGUAAUCAUCAACUAGCAAGAAAAUGGAUGAAGCGGGCUGCAGAUCGUGGUCAUAGUAAAGCUCAAUUUGAGCAUGGACUUGCUCUCUUUUCUGAAGGAAACAUGAUGAAGGCUGUGGUAUACUUGGAACUUGCUACUCGUGCUGGAGAAAAAGGUGCUGCUCAUGUCAAGAACGCAGUUCUUCAUCGGCUUUCAUCAGUUUCACGUGAUCACGCUAUGCAUCUAGCUAACAGUUGGCGCGCAUUGCCAUCAAGUUGACCCAAUCCUUAUGUGGUUUGUGAUGAAGAAGUUGCAUGACCUUGAUCAGUCGUAAGAGUGAGAAGUCAACAAAGAAUGCCUAAGCAUAAAAACAAGGAAAGCAGGAGGAGCUGUCUAAGAAACUGCCUUUGCCUACUAAUCCUGAAUAUAGUGGUUUUCCUAUAAUAUAUAUAUAAAAAAAAACUAGUUGGUGGGCGUUUGUAAAACUAGUUUGUAAAACGCCCUAUUGACUACUUGAAAGUUCCUCUUAAGUUCCCCUUAGAACUGUGCAGGGUAGAAUGUGGUGGGCGUUUUUUGUCAUGAAUGGCAAGUAGAAAAUUGCAACGUCAUACUACUCCAUAUUAUGUAAUGGUUGAAAAGGUUUACCUAGCUGUGUGUCUGACUUUACAAGAGAAUCAGUUUAACCUCCAGUGUUGUUCAAUUCUAAUCUACAAUUAAUUAACCAUGUCCAAUUUUAUGA